UCCAUGGGAAACACCCAUCAUUGCUCCCAACCAUCCUUUUCUCCAUGGAAACCUGAGCUUUUAAUUCAUUUCCUUAUUGAUAUUCUUCUCCUCUCCUUCCUCUUCUUCUAUGUUCUUUCAAUUUAAAUAUCUCUCCUUUAUCUCCUUUUCUUCGAUACCUUAUUCCUCUCCUUUACUUUCUUAUGAUGGAUCUUUCAUCCACCACCACCUUGUUAAUGGCUUCUACUCCUUUCUGACGCGUGGGAUUGAUAUUCUUCUCCUCUCCUUCCUCUUCUUCUUUGUUCUUUCAAUUUAAAUAUCUCUCCUUUAUCACCUUUUCUUCCAUACCUUAUUCCUCUCCUUUACUUUCUUAUGAUGGAUCCUUCAUCAACCACCACCUCUGUUAAUGGCUUCUACUCCUUUCUUACGCGUGGGAUUGAUGAUCUCGAACGCUCUUUCCUCUCAAACAACUUCAUGUCAAUUCAAUUUCUUCAAAGGGUUCUCUCCUUACUGCGAUCUUUCCAUACCCAAUUAACCAUUUUGGUUCAGAAGCUUCAUCUACCUGUGGGAGAGAAAUGGCUGGAUGAGUACAUGGAUGAAAGCUCAAGGCUUUGGGAGGCCUGUCAUGUCCUCAAGUCAGGAAUUUCAGGCAUGGAGAAUUACUAUUCUGCAGGAGCUGAGAUUGCUUCAACCCUCGAUGCCCAUCGCAAUCUAACCCCACAGUUAUCUCGUCAGGUGAUCAGGGCAAUCUCUGGAUGUCGCAGAGAAGUUGUGGGUUUGGAAGAGGAGAACAGGGCUUUAAUGGAAAAUAGAAUCCAACCCCUGUCUCUCAGGUUCGAUGAGAAGGUCUCAAUUGAAUCGAGGCUCAAUGGGUUCAAUGGGUUUCGUGGGGUUCUGUACGCAAUGAGGAACGUGAGCUCACUUCUUCUCAUGAUCCUGCUUUGUGGAUUGGUGUAUUGUUGGCCAGAAUCGAGCUUCAGACGAGGAGGAUACGAGGGAUGCUUGUUCUUUGGAUCGGCUUUCAUGGUAUCCAUGGCAAGAUUGCAGCAGAGAGUCGCAGCUGAGGUCAAUCGGAUCGAUGAGCGACCUGGGAUCCUUCUGUACGAAUUCAGGAGAGCAAGGGUAGCCAUGGAUGAGGUGAGAGCAGAACUGGAGAGGAUGGCUACCCAGGGAGGACUUCCAGAGUGUGAAUCUGAAGUUGGACUUCAAGAAAGGGUGGAGAACUUGAAGGGUUAUUUUGGGGUUUUGAGAUCUGGAGUUGAAAGCAUCAUUGGGCAGCUUGAUGAUUUCUUUGAUGAAAUUGUUGAAGGAAGGAAGAAGCUUUCAGACAUUUGCAGUCACAGGUAGAGAGAGAGAGAGAAGAGAGGAAUGUUAAAUAGAAAAGGGGGUGGGGGAGAACAAGCAGUUGAUGGGGGGUGGUUGGAUCUGUUUAGUGAACCAGUAGUUUUCUUUAAUUUUGCUUCUACUUUUUCUAGUAUUCUCUCUCUCUCUCUCUUUGUUUGCAGCAGCUAGAGCUGAAAAUUUUGAGGUGAGCUUUAUUGAUGAAGAACACACUCUUGAAGGACAGAAAUUUUCGGGAAAGAAAAUAUUAAAUAAAAUAAAAAUGUGGGUAUGACUUUCAGGGAAGGAAACAUCACUGUCCAAGAGGAAACAUGAAGAAGAAAGAACUUCAGAUAGAAGCUUCAAUGGAAUGGAAAGCCAAACUAUCCCUCUCAAGUCUCAUCUUCCCCCCCACUCUGGUCCCAAGUCCCGACCGCCCCACAGAAAAAAACAGCGGCUUUCUUUCUUCUCCUUUGUAAAAAGAAAUAUUAUAAUAUUUUGUUUGAAAAGGAAAGGAAGUUUCUUGUCUUCUCUGAUUAUAUUGUUACAAAACCAGACAUUAGACACAAAUCCCAUGUUAGAAUGUAUCAAAAUAUUAGAGAUUUUCAAAUGCAAUGAAGAAGUUAGAAAAAUCCUUUCCUUUUUUUC